CCGCUGCAUCAUAACAAACAUGGCGGCGGGACGCUGGGCAGAGCAGCGGACAUCCUGUGACACUGGUUUUACUGCAGAUUAGGUUUUAUUUGAACGUUGUAAGCAAAUUUAAUAGUUCUUCUCUGAAGAUGGAGCCCGUCCCGUUUCCAGAGAAGGUUCUGGAGAGGAAAGUGUGUGUGGUCGGUUCGGAACUGGUGGAGAACUACACGGUUUACAUCAUCGACGUGACGGAUGGACGGCACCGAUGGACCGUGAAGCACCGCUACAGCGACUUCUACGACCUCCAUGAGAAGCUGACGGCAGAGAAGAAGGUCGACCGCCUGCUGCUUCCUCCUAAGAAGAUUUUGGGUAAAAACUCGAAGAGCUUGGUGGAGCGGCGACAGAAAGAGCUGGAGCUUUACUUACAAACGCUGCUACAGCAGUUUCCAGAGGCCACGCCCACUCCGCUGGCCUGCUUCCUGAACUUUCAUCUUUAUGAGAUUAACGGCAUCACCGCAGCGCUGGCCGAGGAGCUGUUCCAUAAAGGGGAGCAGCUGCUGCAGGAGGGAGAAGUGUUUUCUCUGCGUCCUCUGCAGCUUUACUCCGUCUCCCAGCAGCUCCGACAGGCCACGCCCACCUGCUUCACCGGAGACGCCAAAACGGACCUGGGACACAUCCUGGACUUCACCUGCAGGCUGCGCUACCUCAAGAUUUCUGGAACCAGAGGUCCAGUAGGAACCAGUAACAUCCAGGAGAGCAGCCUCCCCUUCGAUCUCUCUAUUUUCAAAUCCCUGCUGCACGUCGAGAUCAGCGACUGCAGCUCUCAGCAGAUCCAGGGUCUGCCGUCUCUGAGGUCCAGCCUGGAGACGAUGAGCGUUCACCGCUGCACAGAAUCCAUGACGACGGUCCUGGUGCCCGAGGCCAGCGAGUUCUCUCAGUGGGAGCCCGAGGGGGCGGAGUCCGGCUGCCCCGUCACCGCCGUCAUCCCCGUGUGGAGGAACCUGACAACGCUGGACCUGAGCCACAACUGCAUCAGCAGCAUCGACGGCUCGGUGAAACUGAUCCGUAAGGUGGAGUUUUUAGAUCUGAGCUACAACCAGCUGUCCUCCGUGGACAACCUGCAGCACCUGUACAACCUGGUCCACGUGGAUCUGUCCUACAACAGCCUCCGGGUCCUGGAAGCUGCUCACACUCGCUUGGGGAACAUUAAAACCCUGAGCCUGGCUGGGAACCAGCUGGAGAGACUGAACGGCCUCUCCAAGCUCUACUCUCUGGUCAACCUGGACCUCAGCCACAACCAGCUGGCCCAGUUGGAGGAAAUCAGGAACAUCGGGGCUCUGCCCUGUUUGGAGAAACUCAACCUGUCCAGUAACCCCAUGUGCAUCAUCCCCGACUACAGAACCAAAGUUCUGGCCCAGUUUGGAGACCGAGCAGCAGAGGUUUGUCUGGACUGUAGUUUGACGACGGAGAAGGAGCUGGACACGGUGGAAGUCCUGAAAGCCAUUCAGAAAGCCAAAGAAGCCAAAGACCGAAUGAGCAGCGGCGACAGGAAGAUCAGUGAGGAGAUCAGACCUGCUGCUGCUGCUGCUGCGCCUCCUUCCUCCUCUUCCUCCUGCUGCUCCUCUGCUGUCGCCUCCUCUUCCUCCUCGGCCCAGCGGGCUGCCUGCCCCAGCCAAGAAGUAACGAGCAGAGAAGACGUCCCCCCCGCUGCGCUCCCUCCUGCAGACGCUGCCCCGCCCCCUCAGGUAAAUCUACCUGUGGUCAGUUUGUCUGGACAAUCACUCUGCACCCAGUCAGACUCCUCUUCCUCCUCUUCCUCAGCGGUCUGUUGCAUCUGCUCCUCUUCCUCCUCCUCCAGGCCUCCAGAAGCUCCUUGCUCCUCCUGCAGCGCCACCUGGUGCCCUCUGCUUCCUGCUCACCUGUCCUCCUUCACCUCCUCCAGCAAAGACUUCAUGACCCAGCUCUCCCAGCGUCUCAGCUUGGCUGUGAAGGAGGAGAUGGUGGACGAAGAGGAGGAGGACGAGGAGGAGAGGAGGUCUGACUCCAGGGAGUCCCAGUCUCAGGUGGACGUGGGCGGUCUCAGUUCGGGCUCCAGGGACGGCUACUUUGAGAUGGGUCUGGAUGACUCGGGGGAGGAGCCUAUUUGCUCCUCCCCCUUGUCGCUCCCCGCUCCUGUUCCUGAGAAGGACGACGGCCGACUCGAGGAGUUGUGCGAGAAGGAGGCGGAGCUUGUAAUCCGCAGGGUUUUGUGGUGCUGCUGCGUCCGGGUCGAGGAGGAGGAGGUGCAGCAGAAGGAGGCGUGUCUGGUGCUGACGGACCAGCUGCUGGGCCUGCUGUCACCUGACUCCCUGUCGACCAAUCAGGAGCAAGGUGACCAGAACCAGAGUCCAGCUGCAGAGGAGGUUCUGAUGGGCCUGCAGGUGGACCUCCUGGUGCCGUACUCCCGGCUCAUGUUGUCCUCCUGUUCCGAGCUGCCGGACUCCUGUCUGUCCUUUGGCGUCGAGGCCAGUCCCACCCGCUGGUACGUCUUCUCUGAGGCCGAGGAGCUGAGCCGGACCAGAACCGAGCUGAAGACCCUGCUGCAGACCUCAGAGUCUCAGAGAGGCCCGGACCCCCCCGUUCCUCCUCAGCUCCUCCCCCCCUCACUCAUCAACUCCUGGGAGCUGGAGGAGAGUCAGGGAGCCCAGGGAGGCUACCCCGCCCACAUCCUCUGCUCCUCCUCCUCCUCCUCAGACACGCCCCCCUUCCUCUCAGACAUCACCUCUGAGGAGCCCCGCCUCCUCUCACUCCUCUUCCUCACCUGCAGACACCUGUGGGUUCUGAGGAUGGACCUCAGAGAGCUGGUCCAGCAGGAGGCCAGCGGUCUUCAUCAGUCCUCCUCUUCAUCCUGCUGCAGGCUGGUCCGGGUGCCCCUGGGUUCUGUGGUUCUGGACCCCAGAGAGGGAGCCAGAACCGGACAGGCGUCCUGUCCCGACCCACAACACAGACACAGAAGUGGUCAUUCUGUGGAUCUGCUCCUCGGGGGUCAGAGGCUCCUCCUGCUCUUCCCUCUGGCCCAGAACAGGAGCUCCUUCCUGGGUGACCUGAUCCAGAGGAGAGCCUCUCUGGAGGGGCUGAAGAUGGUGGCCCUGCCCCGACCCUGCAGCUCCUGUCCACACCACGGACCAGGUGGGCUCCGGUCCAGAGGUCACUGCUGCUGCGUCUGUGACGCGACGCCCCUCAGCUCCAGCAGCUGGGACUCCUCCAGACUCCAGGCUGAGGACAACCAGCCGUCCUCUCACCUCGUCCCAGGUCUGUCCCCAGGACUGAAGCUCCUGGCUGGUCUCAGUCUCCAGCAGCUGCAGUCCUGCUUCCUCAGAUAUAUAACACAAUCAGAGACGGAGGAGCUGAGACACGUCCUGUGGCUCUCUGUGGUCCUCUACAAGUCUCCAGAGACAGAACUCACCUGCUGUCUGAUGCUGUCCAACGAGUCCCUCUACUUCCUGUUGGAGGACUCUGCCGCCGCGCUGAGUCAUCAGUCAGGUAAGAUGCAGAACUACGAGCUGAUCCACAGCAGCAAGGUGAAGUUCAUUUAUCCCAGUGAGGAGGAGAUGGGAGACCUGACCUUCAUCGUGGCAGAGAGGAAGACUUCAGCUGCUUCAUCCUCCUCAUCCUCAUCUUCAUCCUCGUGCUCCUUUAACAUCCUGCUGUACCUGCUGGUGUUCCAGGUGCAGACCCCCAGCCACAGUUCUGUUCCAUCCUCUGGUUCUGGUUUGUCUCCGGUCCUUCAGCCCCGGACUCUGAUCCUGACCAGCACCGACAUGUUCCUGCUGGACGAGGACUACGUCAGCUACCCGCUGCCGGACUUCGCCAAGGAGCCUCCGUCCAGGGAGCGGUACCAGCUCCGCGAGGCUCGGCGCAUCCGGGACCUGGACCGGGUCCUGCUGGGGUACCAGACCUACCCUCAGGCCCUGACGCUGGUGUUUGACGACCUGCCGGGCCCGGACCUGCUCUGCCACCUCACCAUGGACCACUUCGCCCCCAGCGGGGAGGAGGCGCGGCCCAGAGGGGGCGUGGCCAGCGGCGGCGCGGAGGCCGAGGUGCAGUGGUGCGUUUUCGUCCCGGGGGCCGACAGCAGGGAGAGGCUGAUCUCGCUCCUCGCCCGGCAGUGGGAGGCGCUCUGCAGCCGGGAGCUUCCUGUGGAGCUCACCGGCUGAUUGGCCCACGAGGAAAGGGGCGGAGCCUAUGAGUUUCAAACUCAGCGUGGUAUUUUAGUUUGUUUUUCACAAAAAUCACCCCUAAAAUGAAAAAAAGGAGGCGCGGCUCUGUGGACAAGUCGGUUUAAAACAAGAAUAAAAACAUUAAAAUGAUUCCACCUGUAAACAUAAACACCUGACAGGAAGUAAGCUUCUGUUGGGCGGAGCCAAAGAAACCUGUGGAGUUUGGUUCGGAGUGUUGGUGCUGUCUAUGUACUGGAACGCUUCAGGGUUCGCAUAAAAAAGACUAAAACUAAAUGAACAAAAAGUCUGUGGAUCAAAGGGUUUUAUCACCUGCCCCCACUCUCUGUUAGCAAAAUAUCAUGAACUCUGAAGGUCAGCCUGGUUCAAGAUGGACGCCGCAGCUGAUCAGACACCUGAAACUCAGUAAAUUUUUUAAAUAUGAAGAUAAAACGUGGUGUGGUAGUAGCUGAGAGUAGUACUGACGGCGGGUAUAUCACUUUAAUCUUUUUCUUUGUGCAAUAAUAAAACCAGGUGAGAUGUUUGAGAAGUGUUUUUAAAAGAUUAUUUAUUAUUUCUGUUCACACAUUUGAACUGAAACGCUGUGAUUCUCACGACAAACGUCUCGGUUUGAGAUGUUCCGUCGAGCCAGAGGUCGAGGGUAAAAUUCCCAGAUUAUUUCUGCUUUGAAACACCUGAGUGAGUGAACGAAGGAUGUGUUUCUUCAGAACCUGAAGACCUAAGAACUAAAACAUGCAGGAUCAGGGGGGUCUCCAGGACUGGACUCCUCAGCUUUAAGGCAGAAAUCUGAAGAUUUUUAAAUGAUAGUUUUAUUGUUGAGCAGCAGGGGGCGCUGCAGCAGGUCUUCAUUUAUUUAAUACAACCUUUAAAAAACAAAUAUUCUGUUUUAUUUGUCAGAUUACAGCAUUUCUGUUUGUUUAGCUGAGCUUAGCAUAACUUUAAAAACCUCUUAAUUUUACUCCAAAGCUGCUUUUUUUAAACUUAUUUUUGCUUUAAAACCAAAAGUUUCUUGUGUUGAUCAGUUUUCACUCCGACUCUGAAAACAAUUUUUUUUAAAAUAAAUCAGCAGCUUUCUGAGCGUCUCGUUAUAAGACAUUUUUAAUAAACUGUAUUUGGAGCAUUUUAUUAUUAAAUAAAUGUCACUGGUUUUUGUACUGAGCAUAUUUCCUACAUGAAAGCUGUUUUUUUAUUAUUAUUGUGAUGAUUUAAUGUUUUCUAACCGUGGAGUAAUACACUGCUCCGUCGUGUAAAAAGAGGAAAACCACUGAAUUAAAGUGAAACUGAAACUUU